AUGAAAUCCUUGUUCACACCGUUUCCUACACCGUUAACGAAUAGACAAUGGUUUUAUCUUUUGGUACUACAAGGUGUAGGAGCAGGGAUUAUUGACGGAGGAGCAAAUUUCGCUGUUGCUUAUGCUAUGUAUCAUAACCAGAAGACGAUCAAGAUGUGGGUAUUGGCGAAAAAUACGUUAGCAGGAGAUUUAGGCGUUACACCUAUAAUACAAUGUUUAGCUUCAAUGUUAAUCACCUCAACACUGGUUCACACUGAUAUACAUCAUCUUGCUAUUGCACCUUUACCUUUCGUCUGGCCACAUGUUGAACACUUACCUGAUCCAUCGGAAAUCAUCAAUCGACGGAGUAAGAGGAAUAACCGUCAGAAUGAUAACAAGGUAUCAAGCUCUUCUUCAUCUUCUUCAUCAUCCUCAUCACCUUCACAUUCACCUGCUUCACCUGCACUCAUAGAAGAGGGUGACCUCCCUUCAACCCCACAAAGAGGAAUCAAGCGUGGAUGUAUCUACUACCUCAAGAUGUUGAUUAGAUUCAUAUUCGAAGGAACCGAGAAUAACUGUUUAUCACCACUAUCAAAAACAUUACCUUUAAGGAUAUUUUUAACCGCAGCACAAGGUGCUGCAUUAGGUAUGAUAUUCGGAUUACCGUUAUUCCUCUUGUUCAUCGUCGUAUUAGGUCCAAUAUACAAGCGCGAUAAUAUAGUUGAAGUGGGCUGGAAAUGGUCUCCUAUGGUAAUUAAAUGUGUAUAUGGUUCUGUACUGGGUUGGAUAACAAAUCCUAUUAUUGCAAGUCUGGCCUUGGGUAGUCAAGCUGAACAUCACUUAGUCAUCAUACAGAAUCAAGAUGUCGAAAAUGGGAUUGAAACUGAAGUCGUAAAUGGACAUGAAGGAGGUAAUGCGAAUGAAGCUGGAGUAAAUACCAUUCACGAAGAAGAAGAAGAAGAAGAAGAAGCUAUUCAAAAUUCAGGUAUACCCUUACCUGUCGGAUCACCAAAAUUACCUGUACCUACUAGUACGAGUACACCUACGAAAUCGAGGAUGCGUAAUAGAACAAUGUCGAGUUUAUCAAAUAUAUCAAAUCCUUCUAGACCACCUUUGACUGCUAAUAUAUCAAAUUUACCAAUCACAUCUUCAUCUUCAAUUCGAAGAGGAAGUUUCUCUUCCAUACCUUUACCUAAAACACCACGUUCAGCACCUCUCCCCACCAACGAAACCUUCCUUGCACCGCCCAUCAGUACGCCAAUAUCAGCAGCAGGUACCCCAGUCAGACCAAGGAGAGAUAGAGGAGCGACUAUAUCUACUUACAUUUCUACUGAAUCGAAUUGGAGUUAUGCGCUAGGUGGAACAGGUGGAAGAGCUCAAAGGAAAAGACCAAGAGCAGCCAGUUCUUUGAGUGGACGAGGAAACCCGGUCAACCAAGCUGAUUGGAACGAUCCGACAUCCCCGCGGUCCAAAAUGCAUAAAGAUGUCAAGAACGAUUCUCUCAAAGCUGAGAAUACAGAACAGGGGGUUGGAAGUGUGGCUUCAAAUGUAGAUGCAGGUGUAUCAAGCGAUCAAGAAACAAAGAAAGAUCGAGUGGCUGCAUGGGAUGUCUUUGGAAACGUCGAAGGUGCAGCUUCACCUUCCGAAGCUCAAGACAGGGACAGCGGUAACGAGAAAGGCAAGGGUGAGAAACGAGUAUAA